AUGAUAUUAAAUCCUUUCACGGUUAACACAGCAAUUCACCUGAACAUCGAAAUCAUUUCUUCGGAGUUAUUGGUGAUUUGUUCAUCUUUAUGGAUUGGAGUGAAGCUCACUAUAUUUUUUAAGAGACGUUUCCGGUGGAGAGAACACUGUUUUCCCCGUUUAAGUUUGGAUAGCGCGAAUCUUAUCCUCAUAAUCGCUGCGCAUUUUUUGCUGCCGGAAGUUUGGUUAUUGCAGAUGAUAACAGCAGUGAUAGCUAUGGUCUCGGCUAUCACGGACAUGUAUUUGAUGAUAACUAAUCUAGGGGAAUUGGUCAAGUCCUUGGUGCUUGGUGCCUGCAUAAUUGUAUCGUGGGAGAGUGAACGCGGUUCAUAUAUUUUGCCCUUAUCUUCCGUGUUUUUUGCGCUAACUCAGUUUCUGCGAUGGCCAAGGCGCCUAAAAGAUUUCCUCAGUGAAGUGCGAAUCGUCUGUGGCCCUGCCUUUCCCCUUUCCGUCUUCGCAACAUGGUUGAAACGGAGUGAACCCUCUGGCUUGUCAUUCGGGGUUCUUCUCGUUGCUGUACCCUGUUCCUCGGUAGCCGCCAUCUUUUUUCGCCCCGACAACUCUGAAGUUUUGGACUUGUUUCAUCUGCCAGUCCCCAGCCAGAGAAACAGGAAAGUUUGUCAUGCAAUAUUGAUGAUUUUCAGUCUUCUCUGUAUGACAGUACAUAUUUCAUUGUAUCAAACUUUUCCUUGCCUGAACUUUCAACGUGUUUGUAUAGUGGUGGUCACGCUGUGCGUGUGUUUCUUUCUUUUCGCCACUGACACCGCGCGUAUCAUUGCAUCGGCCGUGUUUUCGGGCAACCGUGACCGUGACUGA